AUGUCGGACAACGACGAGGCGCAAAAUUUUAUCCCAAGCCCAAAGAGAUAUCGGAUGAGUUCGACCCCUGAAGAAGCAUCACGGCUCCAUCACGAUCUUGAAGAUGUCCUCUUGUACACAUCGAAACUAAUAAUCAAGGAUCGGACAACUGGAGACGAAGAAGUCCUUGAUGUUUACGAUGGCGCCCUGAGAGCGUUCACCGGAGCUGAUGCACAUCUCGAAGUUUCCCGCAAAGACGAUGGGCGAGGCGAAAAAUUCGUGAUCAAGCCUCCCCCGGAAUUGACCAAAAGAGCGCUCAAAACACUAAUCAGCUACAUCCAUCAGGGUCUUUCCAAGGGGAACCCUCUGUUCACAAUCGACGAAUUGAACGUGGAAGAUCUCUUCGAUGCUUCUGCCUAUCUUGAAUGCCGUCAAGCGACCGAGGCCUGUGUCGAGUUCUGGCUCAAGCGAGUCACACCGUAUACGUGUGUAGACUUACUGCUCGACAUCGGUCUCCGCAAGAACGUGGAAGUCGUGCGAGACAAAAGUUUCGAGAUACUACGGAGAUUCUUCUCCUCGGUCAUACCCGAGAACAAGAGAUAUCUGGAUCUCCCCCCCGAUAUUCUAAAUCAGACCAUCCUGGCAGACGAUCUGGACGCACCGGACGAGAGGCUCGUGUUCGAAACCCUGGUCGAGUGGGUGAACCACGACCGAAAUAAAAGGCUGGCUCACGCAAAGAACCUGCUGGGGGGCGUUCGCUUCAUGUUCUGCGGAGAAACAUAUCUACGAGAGACCGUUCUGCCUCAUCCUUUGCUCUCGGAAGCCGGAUGUCAGGUCAUCGCGGAGGAAAUCUCUCUACAUAUGACCCGCUUGGAGCGUCAACCGACCUCUUUCAUGGACCCGAAAGAAUACAUGCUCAGACCUCGAGUAAGCCGCGCCACGGUGUUCGCCAUUGGGGGAUGGAGUAAUGGCCAAGCGUCGGCUCUCGUUGAAGCUUACGACAACCGCGCGAAACGAUGGUUCCCCAUUUCCCACGAUAAUGACGUCCAGCCACGAGCCUACCAUGGACUCGUCCCCAUCGGUAGCCGAAUCUUCAUGAUAGGCGGUUUCGAUGGAACGAAUUGCUUCAACGACGUUCGCUGCUACGACAGCGCUGCCCACGAAUGGAUUGAGAAAGCCCCGAUGCACAGGGAGAGAUGCUACGUGAGCACGGCGGCUCUCGACGACAAGUUUAUCUACGCUCUGGGUGGCUACGACGGCACUUCGAGGACUAACACAGCAGAGAGAUAUGACGUCGAACAAAAUACUUGGACCAUGAUACCGCCAAUGAAUGCGGUGAGAAGCGACGCGUGUGCGUCCGCUCUGAACGGCAAGAUCUUUAUCGUCGGAGGAUUCACCGGUGACGGGGUUCUCCCCUCGGUGGAGUUCUUCGAUCCCCAGACCAAUGUGUGGACAGCGGUUAGGAGCAUGAUGUCACCCCGGAGCGGGGUCCGGUGCGUCGCCCAUCAGGGACGAUUGAUCGUUCUGGGCGGAUACAAUGGACGCGAGCGUCUAAACUCCGUAGAAAGAUAUGACGAUCGACGCGAUCGCUGGGAAAGGCUCCCGGAUAUGCCUACGGUGAGGAGUAAUUUCGGGAUCGUAUCCUUCGAGGGUAGAGUUUACGCGAUCGGUGGUUUCAACGGCCAGACCACAGUGGCGCAGGUGGAUGCUCUGGAUCCGGAGCAAAGUCAAUGGAUGACAAUUCAAGGAAUGACGAUAAACCGCUCUGCGUUGGGCGCGUGCGUUUGUGAAACAGCCGAUCCGAAAUACUUCUCGAUGCUUUCGAAAGACUCGGCCUCGCCGUCUGGAUUGAUUGCUCCAAAGACUUUGGGAAGAACGCACUGA